UUGCUGGGAGGAUUUUAUAUUCCCACAGGUUUACAUUAUAUUCCAAUCAUUCUCAGCCACUCUCUGGAUCCCCAUAUCACAGCUGCUUUUAAAUUUUUUUCUCUAGCCAUCGAUGAAUACAAGCCACAGGAUGCCACCACCAACCCGUCCCUGAUUCUGGCUGCAGCGCAGAUGCCUGCCUACCAAGAACUGGUGGAGGCAGCCAUUGCCUACGGCAAGAAGCUGGGUGGGCCACAAGAAGACCAGAUUAAAAAUGCUAUGGAUAAACUUUUCGUGUUGUUUGGAGCGGAAAUACUGAAGAAGAUUCCAGGCCGUGUAUCCACAGAAGUAGAUGCCAGGCUGUCCUUCGAUAAGGAUGCAAUGGUGGCCCGAGCCAGACGCCUCAUCGAGCUCUAUAAGGAUGCUGGAAUCAACAAGGACAGGAUUCUCAUCAAGCUGUCCUCAACCUGGGAGGGAAUUCAGGCUGGAAAGGAGCUGGAGGAACGGCAUGGCGUCCACUGCAACAUGACGCUGCUCUUCUCCUUCGCCCAGGCUGUGGCCUGUGCCGAGGCAGGCGUGACGCUCAUUUCCCCCUUUGUGGGGAGAAUCCUUGACUGGCACGUGGCAAACACAGACAAGAAAGCCUUUGAGCCCUUGGAGGACCCUGGGGUGAAGAGUGUGACCAAAAUCUACAACUACUACAAGAAGUUUGGCUACAAGACCAUCGUCAUGGGUGCCUCCUUCCGCAACACGGGCGAGAUCAAGGCGCUGGCGGGCUGCGACUUCCUCACCAUCUCCCCCAAGCUCCUAGGGGAGCUGCUCAAGGACACAGCCACGCUAACACCCAUGCUUUCAGCCAAAGCCGCCCAGGCCAGUGACUUGGAGAAGAUACACCUAGAUGAGAAGGCCUUCCGCUGGCUGCACAAUGAGGACCAGAUGGCUGUGGAGAAGCUGUCUGAUGGGAUCCGCAAGUUUGCUGCAGAUGCGGUGAAGCUGGAGCGGAUGCUGACUGAACGGAUGUUCAGCGCAGAGAAUGGGAAGUAGUGCAGCACUGAGGCGGGACCCCAGACCUGCAUGGCCUUCACGUUCAGGUCUGACUCCACAGGGCUUGUUACAAAUUGUUAUUUUCAGCUAUGGGAGCAGGGAUGGUGUUUCUGAUUUUGUGUAAGAUUUUACCUAAUGCAUUAAAGCAGUCACUUUUCC